ACAAAAUAACUGAAAGCCCCGCCCCCACAGGCAAAGCAUUCACUUGCAUAGGAAACCCUUGCAGUGACCCUGUGGGUGUCUUUUUUCCCCUCUUCCAGAAGACUCGGAGAUCUCUGCUUCACCAACAACAAUGGGCGGGAACGGCUUCUCACAUUUGCAUAAUUAAUUAGCAAGCCAGGAGUUUCCCCUGCUUCUGGUGGGGGAAAUGGAUCUCUGCAUCUUUAAGGCUCCGCGGGGCUGUCUGCUCUGGCGACGCAGGCAGGGCAGGCUCUGCCGCAGCGACUCAUCCCAUCGCUAAGGUCCAGUUAGCCAAGGUGGAGGAUGGGAAAAGAAUGGAGCUGUCCCAGCUUCUCAAUGAGAUCAGGGCAAACUAUGAACAGCUCCUCACCAGAAAUCAGAUAGAGACGGUGCUGUCAACACGGAUCCAGGUAAUGAUUUCAUUCAGCCAGGCACCUUCAGGAUAAGGAGACAGUCCAUGUCUACCCGAUUCCUGUCCCGGCCUCUCUGAGCUAGAGGAAGAUAUAACCAAAAAAAUGGACAAGGAUGGAGAAGCUCUGAAGGCAGCUCAGGCUGAACUUAAGGAGGCCCGGAGGCAGUGCCACCACCUGCAAGUGGAAAUCGAGUCUCUCCACGCCGUGGAAAGGGGCCUUGAAAACUCCCUGCAGGCCAGUGAGCAGCAUUACCAGACGCAGUUGCAAGAUCUGGAGUCGGUGGUUGGCAGACUGGAGAAGGAGCUGCAGGAAGUGAGGCGUGGCAUCGAGAGGCAGCUGCAAGAGCAUGAGAUGCUUCUCAACACGAAGAUGAGGCUGGAGCAGGAAAUAGCCACGUACCGCCGCCUGCUAGAACAGGAAGAGAUCAGAUAUUAUGGUUGUAUCCAAGGAGAGAAAAAAGAAGAAAAGCCUACCAAGAGUAAAGUUGGCUUUCUUCUCCCCUCAGCCAUUAUAAAUGAAAUAUCUUUUUCAACAAAAGUCUCCCAAAAGUAUGAAAAUGAAAAUAUGGAGACAGUGACCAAACAAGCAGUAGUGAAUGGAGACGUAAAGGAGAGCGCUGAGGCCCACGGCACCAUUCAGACAGAGAAAGUGGAUGAAGUUAUAAAAGAAUGGGAAGGUUCAUUCUUUAAAGAUAACCCUCGACUGAGGAAAAAGUCUGUCUCUCUGCGGUUUGACCUCCAUUUAGCAGCCACUGAUGAGGGCUGUUUAGAGAGUAGACAAGAUAAUCUGCCAGAUAUCGAGGUCAGACUUAUCAUGAGAAGAUCCUGUAGUAUUCCCUCCAUCAAACCCCUACCAGGAGCCAACUAACCCAGAGGUCGUAUUUGUCAAGGGCACUAGGAUGGACCUGCACAGGCUAUACAGACCCCCAGUCCCAAAUGUAAGUUAAUUUACAUGUAUGGAUAGUGAUAGUGUUAAGAUGCGGUGGGCUGUGACUCUCUUCAGAGAACACAUCAGUAAGGGGUGGCACUGCUAGGACUCCAAAGAGGAGCAGUUGGGUUUGCUUUUUUGUUUUUUUGUUUUAAGAGAGGUUGCUUAAAAUAAAUCAGAAAUCCAG